AUGGCGCGUCCCGCCGCGGACGCGUUCGCGUCCGCGCUGCGACGAAGCGACACCGUGGAGGCGGUCAUCGCGUUCGCGGACGCGCUCGCGGACGGCGGCGCGUGCGCGACCGAGCCCGCGCUCGAGGCCGUCGCGACCGCGCUCGCCUCCGGCCGCGGCGAAACCGAGGCGUCGACCGCGCUGACGGUGCUCCGCGAGUCGAUCGCGAACUUCCUGGACGCGCGAGGCGUCGGCGCGUCUCUGCUCGACGCGCUGUCCUCGGACGCGUGGAUCGCGCGGUUCCUGGGCGUCGUGGAGACGCACUCGAGACACGACGGCGUCCUGAGCGUCCUUCGCGACUGCGCGGACGAGUGGCGCGAGCUCGCGACGGCGAGCGCGACGGCGACGGCGACGCGCGCGAAUUCAGCGGACGCCUUCGCGGAGGUGUCCGAGGCGUGCCGACGCGCGAUGUCGGCGCGGUCGGCGUCGGGGCGCGCGACCGAGUGGAAGACGGAACGUCAACCGUCGUCGUCGUCGUCGCCGCCGCCGCCGCCGCCGCCGCCGCCGUUCGAGCUCGAGCGGCUCUCCUCCGGCGAUUACGAAGCCGACCUCGCGCGCGCGCUCGCGGCGUCCGAGACCCCGCGCGGGGACGUCGGCGUCGACCUCGAGAGCGUGCCCCCCGGCGAGGCGAGAGUGCUCCGCGAGACGUUGGAGCGGUCGAGGCGGGAGGAGGAGGAGCGUAGGCGCGCGAGCGGCGUCGUCGACCCGUCCCCGUCCCCGUCCCCGUCCCCGUCCCCGUCCCCGCUGUCCCCGUCCCCGUCCCCGUCCCCGUUCGCGGCGGCGACGGCGACGGUUGACGUUCCAUCUUCCACCGCCGCCGCGAAGGAGCGGUACGCGAUGACGCACCUCCGCUGGGACCUUCAAGACGCACUCGAGGCGGUGAGCGACGAGGAGACCGAGUGCGACUCCAGGGCGGCCGCGAUCGACGCGGCGAUGGAAGAGGCCGCGGAGGAGGAGCGGCGCGCGGAGAGUUCGGAGAGUUCGGACGCCGACGAAGACGACGAGACGCGCGACGCGAAGGCGAAGGCGAAGGCGAAGGCGCCGGCGCCGCGCGGCGGCGGCGGGCUGAGAAGCCCGAGCGUGAUGGAGCUGUCGCUGCAGCACGCGCGCGUCGCGGCGUCGCGCUUCACGCUCCGCGGCCAAAGAGAGAGGAUCGAGUGGGCGUUGCGCGAGCUGAGCGCGUUGGAGAAGGCGGCGUCGCGCGCGCCGGAGGGGCUCAACGUCGAACGCGCGGCGGCGCUGCGUCGGACGAUUCUCCUCGCGCUGCGAGAGGAUGGCCUCGCCGACCGACCGGUCGGCGCGGUCGGCGCGUCGUCGUCGUCGUCGUCGCGAGAGAGGGGGACCCGAGAGGAGGGGGACUCGAGGGGUGCGAACGCGAACGCGAUGGGAGGAUUAUUAGGGGCGGUCGGGAACUUGUUAUUCCGGGGCGGCGGGCGCGGCGACGACGGCGUCUUCCUGGACGAAUCCGAGCUCGAGACGCACCCGCUCGGGGUGCGGUAGCGUCGUCGGCGACGACGAGGACAAGGACGUAGCCGCGAUGGUCUAUCUUACCAUUACUUACUCGUCGUUAAAAAAAGAACAAAUACAA